AUGAUAGGAAGAUCUUGCCUCAUCCCUUUCAUUUUCCUCUUUGCCAAUGCACGCUUCCUCGGCGCAGUGUCGGCGCCGAGUGUGAAGCACAAGGAGCACAGUCCGUUCGUAAGCGACACAAGAAGACAGGUCAAAGGAUCUUCAGGAGUGGAGGUCGCGAAGGAUGGUCAGGCGCAUAGAAGAAUCAUCCGGGGCAGUGACGCCCGAGAUGAAGCGAAGGCCAAGAAGGAUUCAUAUGCUGCGAUAGCUGUCGAUGCAGCAGCCGAAGCCGAAUCCAUCAAAUCUUCAAGCAGCCUGGACACCAACUCAGACCUGCAGGUGCAGACUAGCGAGGCCCCGGAGACGGAAGAUGAUUCCAGUGAGGAAGAGACCACACCGCAAUCAUCCACCAUGACUAGUACAGCUUCGAGUGCCACGUCCAGCGCGCCCACAGUUGCUGAAGUCAACGCCGGGCAAAAUGUCGACUGUCAGUGGGAGACCUGGCGAGAGUGGAGUGCCUGCCAAUUUACUUGUGGUGGAGGACAAUCCGUUCGUACACGCAAAGUGCGGCAGAUGGCGCAAGGCAAUGGGGCUGCUUGCGAUAACAACGACAAAGAAACUCGCGACUGCAACUCCAAUCCCUGCCCGAUUGAUUGCAUUUGGGAUGAAUGGGCUCCGUGGGGAAGCUGCUCGGCAACCUGCGGGCUUGGCACAAAGGUCAAAAUGCGUGCUCAGACUCAGCUUCCAGAAUAUGGAGGCAAACCUUGCAUCGGAAAUGCCACGGCAUCGGCAGAGUGCCAGGCCAAGAUUUGUCCAGUGGAUUGCAAGUGGGGCGACUGGGGAGACUGGGAAGGCUGCUCCAAGUCUUGCGGCGUCGGCGAGAGGUCAAGGUAUCGGAGCUACGCGCAGAUCAAGAAUACACAGGGCAAGGAAUGUCCCGGUCAAAACCUUCAGACCGAGAACUGCGGGAUGAACACAUGCCCUGUUGAUUGCGUCAUGGAGGAUUGGCAGCCGUGGGAGCCUUGUGACGUCACUUGCGGAGACGGCAUCAUGCGACGAGAGCGCAAGGUAUUGACACUGCCAGUGUUUGGCGGGGAGAUGUGCAGUGCUGUCUCAGAGAACAAAACUUGUGACAAUGGCCUUUGCCCCGUUCAUUGCCAGCUUAGUGACUGGACGCAGUGGGCGGAUUGUAGUAUCAGUUGUACAACAGACGGGCAGCCGGGGUCUACGAAACGGUUCCGGGCGGUAGUUCAACACAAGAACAUGCUGGGAGAUGACUGCGCCGGAGAGCUUGAGCAGACCACCACGUGCAGCCCUACUCAAUGCCCGGUGGAUUGCCAGAUGUCUGACUGGACUACUUGGUCUGAUUGCAGCAGCACCUGUGGUCCCGGAGUUGUCGAGCGUCAGCGCAACCUGGCAGCAGCGGCACAAUAUGGAGGUAAAGACUGCCUCGGAGAUGCCAACGAAACAUAUCAGAAGCGGUACUGUUCCAGAGAUACAUGCCCAGUGGACUGCCAAUGGAGCGAUUGGCAGGAGUGGCGUGCUUGCUCGGUAACGUGUGGGUCUGGAACCAGUUACCGCAUGCGUUUGGUGCAGACGCCGAUGCUACAUGGUGGCAAGGAUUGCGACGGUGGCUCACAACAGACUCGCGCAUGCAAUCCGGCAUCAUGCCCGGUCCACUGCGAGUGGGGAGAUUGGACGACGUGGGGAGAUUGCAGCACCACCUGUGGUGAUGGCGAAGAGAAGCGAAGCAGAGAUGUGAAGGUUCGUGCCGACUUUGGCGGUGACCCCUGCUCAGGUACUGCUCAUGGCAAUAGAAGCUGUGACAACAAGGAAUGCCCCGUGAAUUGUCAAUGGGCAGACUGGGCGACUUGGGGAAGCUGCUCAGCAUCUUGUGGCUCAGGUCUCCAAACGCGGCAGCGUGAAAAGGCAGUUCCUGCGCAACAUGGUGGCAGUGAUUGUGAUGGAUCCGUCAAGGAGUCCGUUGCCUGUCCCACCCUACCCGCGUGCCCGGUGGAUUGCGAGUGGGAUGACUGGUCACAGUGGGAAGGAUGCUCUGUGACAUGCGGGUCUGGGUUCAUAAGAAGAAGCCGGACGAGGAGGCUCUAUGAAAAGAAUGGCGGCCAUCUCUGCUAUGGGACUGAGGAUGAUGAGCAGGCUUGCGCGCUGGAUCCUUGUCCUGUUGAUUGCGUCCUGGGAGACUGGGGACGCUGGUCGGAAUGCUCGGUUACAUGUGGGCCCACUGGUCAGCAGACACGAUCUCGUGCCAUUGUCGUUGAUGGGUCUUUGGGUGGCAAAGCUUGCAGCGCAGAUAAUCAAAGUGAAGCAACAGCCUGCGAAGAUGCUCCGUGCCCUGUCCACUGCGAGUGGGCGACAUGGGGUGAAUGGAGCAAGUGCACCAAGCAAUGCAAUGCGGGAACAACUUUUCGGCACCGGUCUGAGAAUGUAUCCGCGGAGCACGGAGGACGCCAAUGUGAAGGUUCUGCUGACGAGGAGAUGGUGUGCAACGCGCAUGGCUGUCCAGUCGAUUGCAAAUUUGAUGAUUGGACGGAGUGGACUGAGUGUUCGAAGAGCUGUAGUACUGGCAACAGGACAGCGACCCGAAAGCUCAUAACCCCAGCGUUGUGGGGUGGUCAACCUUGCGAUGGAGGCAUCUUCAAGACAGAGUACUGCAACGAGCAGCCCUGCCCGAUAGACUGCGUCUGGGGCGAGUGGUCUAACUACGCCCUUUGUUCGAAGACGUGUGGCGGUGGUCAGAUGCAGAGGACUCGCGAAUCGACUCCCGAGCUGUAUGGUGGUAUGUCCUGCAGUGGGCUUGCAAAGGAGUCCACGCCAUGCAAUACGCAAGGGUGCCCCCAGGACUGCCAGUGGGGCCAGUGGACAACUUGGACACCUUGUUCCAAAGAAUGUGGCGGUGGAUCCAUCAAGCGAUUUCGAGAUGUCGUUGUGAAGCGAGCUUUUGGUGGGGAUCCAUGUGUUGGAGCUUCAGAGGAGGAAGCGGGCUGCAACUUCGACGUCUGCGCAGUCCACUGCGAAUGGAAUGACUGGGAGCCAUGGGGCCCCUGCCCAGCCAGUUGCAAUGGAGGGGUGCGCACCAAAAGUAGAACCCGCAAGCAGGAAGCCUCUGCUGGUGGAAGGCCGUGUGGCGGCAAUCGCACCGAACUUGAGAGAUGCAACCCUCAACCAUGUCCAGUAGACUGCAGCUUCGAGCUGUGGCAAGAGUGGGGCGAUUGCUCGGCUUCCUGCGGAGUGGGCUCGCGUUUCCGGACGCGAGUGAAGAAGGCGGAGCUCUAUGGCGGGGCACCGUGUCAGGACGUGAUGUGGGAGACGGGCGAGUGCAGCAACCCCGAGGAUGAAAUCAACUGUCCCCACUCAACCUCAAGCACCACGACAACGUUGACACUCCUCCAACUUGAAAAUGGAGAACUUGGCUGGAGCCACCUGCACAACGUGUGGGAGCCACACGUAGAUCGCGGCCCGUUGGACAUUCCGGACAAUGAAGAGCUGUCCAAGAAUUUCUCGAUCAGCAAAGAUCCCAGCUACAAGGGAGCACCUUACAAGCCCACGAUACCUUGUCCCAAAGACAAGCUGAACAAGUCGCUUGAGAUCUAUGAAAAGCUGAAGUUCCAGCAGCCCAAUCUUGCCAAAUUGCCGAAUGCAACACAGGCAGAGGCCAUGCAGGUGAUCGACGAGAUUAUCAAGAACAUAACGGGAGAGGUGCCACAAGUGAACUACACGUACAACGAAGUGGUCUUGAAGCGCACAACGGCCCCACCAACGCUGCCACCGCCAUCUCCGACAGCCGUGGAGCGGACUGCAGACAUGGGCACGUCUGGCGACGAUAUCCAAGAGGUGCUCAACAUCCUGGAAGCCCUGCCCAGCAAGAGCGCUGAAGUGGAGAAGUUUUUGGAGCAGGUCAGGCAGAAUCUAUCUGCCAGUGACGGGUCGCGGCCUUUCCAGGGCGCGGGGAACUUUUCGGAAUAUUUGUCCAAGGAGGCAGCCGAAGCACCUGACACACCUGCCUCGAAGAACUUCACGGAUGCCUUUGAGAAUGGCAACAAGAAGGAGGGAAAGACGGUACUGGCGGAAGUUGCUGGAGACCUUGGUCUAGAUGUGAUCGAAGCAGACGACUUUGCCGGAAACCCAUCAAUUCCUGAUGCUAUGGCAAAGACCCUUGCCGAUUUGGCGGGUGCUGACAGCAAAGAUGUAAAGGUGGACGUUACCAUUCCACAGGCCAUGCUGCUUUCGCAAGUGCAGAAGAAGGUGAAGGGCAAUGUGAAUGUGGCAUAUAUGAUUGAGGUUUAUAAAGAAGACGCGAAUCGAGGAAAUGCAUCCUACGUCGCAUCACGUAUCUCAUCUCAGGACAUAAACAUGGUGACAUCAGAAGCCAGACGGCAGGUGACGGCCGCUGGUCAGAAUUUCGCGCUCAGGGCCGUAAGCCUCAGCGUGACUAUCUUGCCGGUCAGCACUGACGGCAACAUCGAGAUGUUGCCUAGCUCCGACGAAGCGGAUGCAGCAAACAAUUCGCUGGUCGAGGACGCCGUGCCCACUGCCGUCCUUGAUGGGAAGGCCAAGGCUCCAAGCAGCGCCCAAGCCAUGGUGGAAACGGCUCAUCAAGUAAAGAGCGCCUCCAAGGUUGCAGCUGCGAAGCGCCAUGAGCAGCAUGAGGCCGAAGCAGACAAGGUCAGCUUUCGCAGCAAUCGUAGCGCUUUGUUCCACGGCACGUCUGAUGCUUGGGAGCUGGUGUUGAAGAUCGCCAAGACCAAGAAAUUUGGAUUUUCCUCUCCGUUGUGGGAGAGCUCCAAACUGCUGAAUGAACAAUCGCCAGAGGACAAGGUCGAGGAUGCCAAGUACGACGCUUACAACACGGCGUCCUUCAAGAAAAUUCGCGUGUGUGUUGACAAGCCGAAGGACAACUGCGUGGAGCACACCUUCGCCAAGAAGUACGAUAGUGCCAAAGCGCUGUUCAGUGCCGGGUAUAUUAAAGAUGAGAAAGUCAAGAAGGAUGACAUUCUGAAAGCAUUCGGACCCAAGAAGGGGUCCUACCAGGACUGCGGCAUGCAGAGGCCUGGCUUCAACAUCCAGUGCAAAGACGGCAACAAAGCCCGCUGGGGCUACUGCAACAACUGCAAGACCCAAGACUGCCAGGAAGAGGAUGAAAAUGAUGCAGACGGAGCUAUCGGGAUUGGGCUUGCAGGGCAGAGCACGGAGACAGAGAUGGGAGCAGGUUUCACAGCGUUCUUUGCGUCCGGCUCAUGUCAUCCCACUGGCACGACCUUCAAGGCUGUGUGGCUUUGGGUUGAGAGCGAGGAGAAGAAGGCAGCUGAGAAGUCAGACAAUGCAAGACAUUACCUGUCCAUCCUGGCUGCUUCACCGCUGGCUGCCAUGCUGGCAGCUCUCAAGAUGGGAUAUCGCGGGAUUGAUACGUCUGAGAUGAACAGGAACCUGACAGAUGUCCGGUGGGCGUGCGAGAAAUCUGGUUUGGCUCGCGGGGACUUGUUCUUUGUCGUGAAGAUACCGCCCUGGGGCCAUGGCUAUGAAGGUGUGCACCAAUCGUUCAAGAGGCAGAUUAGUCAGCUGGCCAUUGAUCAUGUUGAUUUGCUGCUGAUUCAUUGGCCUCACCCGUGGUUCCGGCAGCAACAAAACUGGAGUCCGUCGCAGUGGUCCACGGCCAAGCAGACCAAAGCUUCUCUGCGUCGAGAAACUUGGAAAGCCAUGGAAGAGCUUUACAACUCCGGACGGGCACGCGCAAUUGGAGUCAGCAAUCACACGAUCGAGGACAUGGAGGCAAUUCUGCGUGACUGUGCCGUUGCUCCAAUGGUCAUGCAGGGAGAGUCACACCCGCACUGGACAAACAGGUCUGUGCGCGACUGGUGCAGGAAACAUGAGAUCGUUUUCCAAGGCUAUGCACCUUUUGGUGGACAAGAGACCACGCACAAUUCUGGCCAUCGUGCCGUUGAUGAUCCAACAGUUCAAUCGGUAGCGGAGAAGAAUGGCUUGACACCGUUUCAGGCCUGCAUGCAGUGGAACCAGGCACGCAACUCAAGUACCGUGGUAAAGUCCAAGGACACGAAGCACCUGCGUGAGAACCUGGCUGCUUGCCAAGGGCUACAGUGCACUGCAGCAGAUCUGGGACGAAUCGAUGAGCGAGCAAAGGACUUUUUGAAGUAUGGCCCUUGCUACUGGGGGCACAAUGACAUGGACUACAUGAAUCCAUGGAAGGAGCUGCGGUGA